GAUGACCAGAGACUGCAGACACAGUACAGGGAUGACCAGAGACUGCGGACACAGUACAGGGAUGACCAAGAGACUGCGGACACAGUACAGGGAUGACCAGAGACUGCGGACACAGUACAGGAGAUGACCAGAGACUGCGGACAUAGUACAGGAGAUGACCAGAGACUGCGGACACGGUACAGGGAUGACCAGAGACUGCAGACACGGUACAGGGAUGACCAGAGACUGCAGACAGUACAGGAGAUGACCAGAGACUGCAGACACAGUACAGGAGAUGACCAGAGACUGCGGACAGUACAGGGGAUGACCAGAGACUGCGGACAG